CUGAAGCAGAACCUCGUUGUCUUCCUCGUCACCCCGUCGUUCGCGCCAUGGCUCCUCGACGACCGUGUCUUCUUGGAGAAGGCACUCGCAAAGCUGUACCAGAACCUCCCCGGGCCCCUGCCAAAGGUGCAUGCCAUCUGCGCUGUCGUCGACAAACUGCCAGAGGCGAAGCCAGUGGGCGGCGACAGCGGGCGCGAUGCUGUACGCGCGGAAUUCACCUUCCGCGCAAAGCACCCGCCUGUCAACGAGACUGGACUCGAGGGCAUCGCAUACGUCGUGCUACCUGCCAAAGCAGAAGUGUCUGCGCAGCCAAACAUUGGUGGAGAGCUGGGAUGCAUUGACUUCCUUGCACAUACACACACCACAAACCAAGGCAGGCACAAUGACAGGGUGCGAGUGCCGUUGGCGAAUACUGUAUUCCAGACCGGCCAAUCCAGCACCAUGAUCAACUCGACGUGGGAACGGUCUGUAAGCGACGAUAGGCUGGAACUCCGAACGCGAAGGCAGAUCAAGACGGUUGUCAUCAACCUAUCCGCAGAGGACCCAAAACCUGGAAAAUCGCAAUUACAAUCGUAUUUGCAUCAGGAAGCUGCGGCAUUGAGUAUACCGUUGAUACCCUUGACGGUGCCACGUCAGGUCGAUGGCCACAUGGGCAACAUCAUCCGAGGGGUAAUUGGCCCUGAUGGGAACAAGAUCACAGCUUCUACAGAGUUGGAGCAGGUCGUUCCUCAGUACUUCAAGUCUCGAGAUGAGCCAGCCCAAGCCACUUCGGCAUGGGCCUUGGUCAUACCCAAAGACAAGGCACACAUUUGCAUCAAGGAUACCAGUCGAUUGGUCUCCGGACAGCUGGGGACAAACCCGGAUUUCAUGACUUCAGAAGACCACGAACAUUGGGAGCAGAAAGGGCGAGAGCUGCUUUGGCAAAAAGAUCCACCUCAGUGGAACAACAUGACUCAAGAAGCAAUCGCGAAAGGCGCGCGACUGCACAAGGUCCUUAGCGGCGGAGGCGGAUGGGGCAAGAAGGCCGGUCUGCUGUCCCUAGAUCCUGUGCCUAUUGGCGCACCGAUGCCGGAACAACCUGCGAAGGAGAGCACGGCGGAACACUUUGACAGCGUGGACGAGUUCUCCACGGCGCUCAAACCUGUCGUCGAGGACGGAGACUAUAUCCAGUUCUUCAUCUCUACAGCAACGGCCCAAGGAGAGACUGUGUCUGCGUUCGAAGACCUGAAAAAGGUCGAAGAGUCCACCGGGGGGAAUGCGUGGAGCUGGGAGUUCGGCGUCAUUCCAAGCACCAUCGAUUCCAUACCUGGCGGGUCGUGGCAGCACACCGGAGCAGCGUCGGAAGAAAUGGUCGUUUUCAGAGGCAGCUUUGGCGCUCUUACCGAGGGAGGUCUCACCUUGAUGCGUGGACGCGGGGUCAAUCUCAAGACGGGAAUCGCUGGAAAAGCCAUCAAUACUACUACGAUCGAUGUGCCAUUCUCGCGCUGGUCAGCAGUUCGGCUACACCCAAGGAAAGGCAUUGAGACCAAGAGAGUUGGUGACUUUGGCAAGCAGGUGAAGGCGAACACAGGGGCUAGUUCAAACGCCAAUAUCGAUGCAGGUAACCCGUUGUAG